CCCUUCCAAAGCAGGCCAGUCGCGCUCGAUUUCCGUACCGUGUGGACGAUUGUGUGUGGAGUUAAAAUAAUUAUUAUUUAUCACGGUCUCAUCCUUUGUCCUGAAACAUUUAAAACUGGAAUCAAAACUUAUCUCCGUGCUAUCGAUAACUGCAAAAUAACCCGUUAACGUGUAAAUAAUCGGUGAAAUUGACAGGUGUCCCGUUCAUCCGUGUAAAGUGCGUUGAGUGAUUCCCGCAUAGUCGUUCGAGCAUGAAUAAUAAAGAAGAAACCGGUGAUAGCGUCGCGUGUCAACCGGGAGCGGUCUGGUGAUCGAGGCACAGUGUCGAGGCCGAGAGGUUGACCGUGUGAUGAGUCUGCGGUGACGGCGAGCCGCGGAGCGGUUGGAUGGCGGCUGUAAGCGGCCCCGCGCGGCACUCUCGCGUCUCCAUGAGUGUGUCCAUGUCCCUGAUGCAGGGCGGUACGCAGAGCGCGCCGCAGGGCGCCAUCCUGGCGGCGGCGGCGCCCUACUAUCAGACGCCGGCCAUACCGACCGACGUACAGCCCGACCGCCCCAUAGGCUACGGCGCCUUUGGUGUCGUAUGGGCAGUGACAGACCCGCGCGAUGGCCGCCGCGUCGCUCUCAAGAAACUGCCCAACGUUUUCCAGUCGCUCGUCUCUUCAAAACGUGUCUUCCGCGAGCUGAAGAUGCUCUGCUUCUUUAAACACGAGAACGUAUUGUCGGCGUUAGAUAUCCUCCAGCCACCAAGCCUCGACUUCUUCCAAGAAAUUUAUGUAAUCACGGAGCUCCUGCAGAGCGACCUGCACAAGAUAAUCGUGUCGCCUCAACACCUCUCCGCCGACCACAUCAAAGUCUUCCUCUACCAAAUACUCAGAGGGUUAAAAUAUCUUCACUCAGCUCGAAUCCUUCACCGAGACAUUAAGCCAGGCAAUCUGCUCGUAAAUAGCAACUGUGUGCUCAAGAUAUGUGACUUCGGUCUCGCCAGAGUAGAGGAGCCAGACGCCACGAAGAACAUGACCCAGGAAGUCGUCACGCAGUACUAUAGGGCGCCGGAAAUCUUGAUGGGCGCGAACCACUACACUGCCGCGGUGGACGUGUGGUCUGUGGGCUGCAUAUUCGGCGAGCUGCUCGGUCGACGCAUACUGUUUCAAGCUCAGAGUCCCGUGCAGCAGCUGGAGCUAAUAACCGAGCUGCUAGGCACUCCGUCGCUGGAGGACAUGCGAUACGCGUGCGCGGGCGCGCGUGCGCACAUGCUGCGCCGCGCGCCGCGACCACCCGCGCUCGCCGCUCUCUACACGCUCUCCGUGCAAGCCACGCACGAAGCGGUGCACUUGUUGGCACAGAUGCUGGUCUUUGAUCCGGCCAAACGUAUAUCUGUCGUGGAUGCCCUCGCCCACCCGUACCUGGAGGAAGGUCGCCUGCGUUACCAUUCGUGCAUGUGUAAAUGUUGCUACAGCGCGCCCCCCGCAGCGCGACACUACUCGCCGGACCUGGAGCCCGUCGCGCCCCACGCCUUCCACGACGGCUGGGAGAGGAAACUUACUUCGGUUCAUCAGGUUAAAGAAGAGAUCCACAAGUUCAUAGCUGAACAACUUCAAACCUCGCGGGUUCCGCUCUGCAUCAACCCGCAGUCUGCGGCGUUCAAGAGCUUCGCAAGCUCGACCGUCGCGCACCCCUCGGAGCUGCCGCCGUCGCCGCACCAGUGGGAAUGACGCGAGUCCAAGCGCGGCUUCGACAAGCGACGCGCCGUAUACAACGACACGCGAUAACCGACGUUAUAUUCUAGCACGUAGCGCUCAAUAUUCCAUGCCCGAUGUAGCUAUUUGUUUAAGGUCGCUUCUGAUUUCAAGGUACCAGUGCAGACCAAGUGCUGUGGUAUGAUGAUUAUUGUACUCAUUAAAAUGGAGGUAGAAACAUCUUGCUUAUAAAGUUUAUUAAUACAUUGUAACAAUGCUUUCUGUUAACGCAUUUCAUAUACGUAUGUGUAUCAGUAAAUCGAUAAUAAUCGUCUUUAAUUUGAAGAAAAUACUGGUUGAGGCUCACUUUAGAUAUUUGAAAGGAUGAACGUAGCAUCUUGAUGUGCGUGUGACAUAUUAUUGUCAUGUUUCGCUCGGUGUGACCAUAGCUUUACAAUAGACGAUGUAUAUUUCAUGUGAAUUAUAUUAUUCGCAUUAAGUGCGUCACUGGACGAACAUUACGACUUGCUUAAUACUUAUCUCGAUUAAUCGAUUAUUUGACAUCGACAGAUAUCGACAGUUUGAUAGUCGAUUCACCUUUCAAAACG